AGAAAUUUCCCACAAUUUUAAUUGGUCAAUUAAUAUUAUAUAGAGAAUUUUGUUGGUUAACAAAUAGAUGAAUGUUAUUUUGAAAGACAAAAAAAGGAAGUUUUGUUUAUUUAUUUAUAAAAUCUAUUCACAUCAAUCCCUUUGACUUUAUUUGUCUAUACAUGAAUCAUAAUAAACAUCAAAUAAAGAGAGAUCAUUUUCUAAAUAUAUAUUAAUUAGAAGGAUUACUUUUGAUUGAUACGGAAUUAAUUAGUUAUUGAUUAUUGAAAACCAAACAGGCAACACAAACUAUUACAUAAUGUUAUCAGAAUUUUGUCCAUUCAAUCAUACAAGUCGUUAUGUAGCUGAUGGAUUUAUAUGGUAUUUUUUUUCAUGGUAUAUGAUUAUAGCAAAUAUUAUUGGUAUUAUAUUUAGUGGUUUAUGCUUUUUAGUAUUAUUAAAACAUCCACGUGUAUUUGCAUCAACUACACGUGCAUGGUUUAUCACAUUAACAGCUAGUGAUUUUUUUAUAUUAUUAAUUGCUGCAAAUGAUAUGUAUGCUGAAGUAAUAUUUACUCAUAUGUAUCAUAUUAUAUUAGGUAAUAUAUUUGGACGUUAUACAUGUUUAAUUCGUGUGAUAACAAUUGUUUGUUUAUUAUGGACAUCAAAUUUAUUACAAACUGGUUUAUCUAUUGAACGUUUAGCAUCAGUUAUUUCACCAUUAAAAACACGAAUUAUAUUUACUGGUAAAGUAACACGUUAUACAAUUAGUUUAUUAAUAACAUUUUCAUGUUUAUCUGGUAUUUUAAUAACAAUAGUAUCAUCUAAACCAUCUUCAUCAAAUAUUUUUAUGAUAACAAAUAAUAAUCUUACUAAUUAUUCAAUAGAUUAUGAAGCAUUAGUAUCAUGUGAACGAAGAAAUUCUACAGAAUUAUUUGGAAAUACACAUGAAAGUAUUGAUCUAACUAAACUUGUUUAUAAUUUAGAUUUGAUUGUAUUUCGUGUAAUACCAUUUAUAACAAUGUUAAUUUCAUCAGCUGUUAUAGCUUCAUUAGUACGUUAUCAACGUCGCAAACGUAAUCGUUUAACUCGUAUAUCAUCAAUUAUUCAAAAAAGAAAUCGUUCUAUUGGAUAUAAUCGUGAAAGUCGUGCAUCAUUAUUAUUACUUACAAUGAAUAUUAUAACAUUAUUAACUAAUCCAUUAUUUUUAUUAUUUGAAUUAUUUGAUGGUGAAGGUAGUGAAGGACGUACAGCAGCAAAACUAACUGGUGAUUUAUGUAUAUCAUGGAUAUUAAGACAAUUUUUUAAUUCAUUAAUUUAUUUUGGUAAUCAAAAUAAUUGGAUAUUAUAUUUAGCAUUUGGUGCACGUUUUCGUAUACAUAUUAUAAAUAUGUUAAUGUGUCGUAAUAGAAAACAAACAAAACAUUAUACCGAUAAACCUAAAUUAACAAUAUCUGAAAUUCCAUUAGAUGCUAGUACACAUUUAUUAAAUUUAGAUUAUCCAAGAAAUAAUAGUCAAAAUGAUGCGUUACAAUUAAAUUCAUCAAAUAAUCUAAUACAUUGUAAUUUAAAUGGUGUAUAAAAUCUAAUAAGAUACAAAAUCAUUUAGAAUAGAAAUGUUUUGUAACUUUAGUUACUUAAAUGAUAAAUGAUAUAUAUUUCUUUUUCUUUUCCUUUUUUUUUGUUUUUCUAAAAUCUUACAAUGAGAGGAGAAUCUUUACUUUAAUGUAUCAAACAUUCCAGGGAAUAUUUAUGUAAAGUAUCAUUUGAUACAUUGAUUAUUUGCAUGCUUAGUAACGACAUUGAAAAUAACUUUUUCUUUUCAUUUAUUAUAUUGAAUAUAUAGAAAUACAAUGAUAAAAACAUUCCAUAAUAAGUAAGGGUAAAUAUGUUUAUCUGAUUAUGAUCAAUAAAACGGUUAUUAUAUCAUAAGUAUAUGUAAAUAUUUAGAUCACAAUAAUAAUAAUAAUAAUAAUAAU